GGAAGUGGCUUGCUCGAGGCCAGGUGAACAGCAUUGCCUCAAAUCAGACUCACUACCAGCAGCAGACCGUCAAAGCUGGAUGACUCAAUUGUUUGACAAGUAAAACACAUGGACAGCACUACUACAACUUCUUUUUACGGUCUAUUUUUUUGUCAGCCGCACAAACUUGGGAGGAAGCUGUCCAUCAUGUUAGAAAACUCAAGACUCUUUGUGCUGGUCUGUGCAGCUGUCAUGUCGUUUAUCAUGUGUUCAGAUGCUGCAAGAGAAAGUCCCAUAACAACCCACAUGGACACUGAAGUGAAGCUCAAAGUCCUGAGACAAUUGUAUACGCCACAACAACGUCAUCCCCUCUACGCUGGUCUCUUAUCAACCGAAACUGGACUCCAAACAGGCACCAAUAUAGAAACCAGCAAGAAUUAUAGAGAACCUCUGUCAAUCAUUAACGAUCAAUCAAACCCUCUGCAGUUUACAGGACGUAGCUUAAGUUACCAUCAAAACAUCCCAGAUAACAAACCGCACCAAGCAGCAAUGACGACACAGAAUGGAGUGAGGCCAGCAAGCAGUUUUGAGAGAUGGCAAUCAAGCGUAAAUGAUCACCCUCCCUCUCAUGAAGUUUCCCAAAGUGGAAAUCCCUAUGAUUCAUACCCCGUCUUCAUUAGAAAAUCAUCUUACAAAGAAGCUGUUGUUCCUGUUCAUCAGAGCUCUAGUCCUCAGUAUGUCUGGGGCCUCAAAGGUGCUCAGAAAUCCUACAACCAAGAAAACAAUCUGAGAAAUGUCUCCCCAAUGGGGGCUAAAGAUGAAACUGUUUGGCAACCCUCUGACUCUUCUCUCUUUUCAUCCCAGACGGGUAGACAUUGGAGUACUUCACUGCCAACUUCAAGUGGGCAUUACAGCGGCUAUAAAGAGAUAAAUGAGCUUGCUGCACCCGGGCCAUGGAGUACAUCUAGUGGGAUUCAAUCAAGCAAAUUUUUCGGCUUCACAAGUCAAACUGCCCCCCAUGCACCAUCAAUCAGUGUCAGCCCAGACGCCUAUUCUGCUAUUAAACACCAUCCAAGCUCAAGAAAACUGACACAAUCCAUCACAGACUUCUCCCGCGGGUUGGACUCUGUGAGUAACAGUGAAAUACCAAGACACAAAAAGGUCCAGUCGUAUCUGUUCAAGGACUCCCAGGCCUCUUCUAGUGGACGUGACACAGUUAACACAGUCCCUGAUGAGGGAUCUGGUGCUUUUUCCACAACACCACACAAACUCUCCAAAGUUUACAGCAGGUUUUCUUCAAAUUUUCAACAACCACAGAGAAAAGAGCCCACCAAGGAAGUGCAACGUUUCUCUGAUAAUGCCAAUCCACUGUAUCCUAACGCUAAUGUGGCCCAGUAUGGUGCAAAGACCAAAUAUCAACGCACCUCAGCAGAAACUCCUGCUCCAGGGCCAGACAAAACCAUGGAAAGUUUUGUCCCUACACUUCAUGCAGAUUUCCAGGGUAGCUUUGCCACUGGCAGUGAUAAAUCUGUAGUAAAUAGCCUUGUUAACACAACCACAAGAGGAUCAGUGCAUGCUUACAAACCUUUACGAACCACAAAAAGCAUCUACGGCUUCAGAGGGUUUAAAAAUCCUACGUGGAAAGCUGUAAAGGAGCCAUCCUUUCCCUCCACCAGUGGCUCUAAUGAAAAAAACAUCUCCCGGCGAUACAGCUUUGACAAAGGAAAGUUUAAAAUCGCAAAUGUAUACCCUUCUUUGUCAGCAAAAUAUAGCUUUGGCCAUAGAGAAGCAUCCACAACACCAGCAAAACUUGAGAGGACACCCACAGAUUAUUCCUCACUUUCUCCUGCCACUGUAGAUGUCACCCAAACUAUGAUUACUCCAAGGCCGUCCACAAUGGGAUUUAAGGAAGCCUGGCCUCUGCUACCUGAAAGUGAUGCCAGCAUGGACAAGAAACCAGAUCGCAGACCGUUCAGAAUCUACAGGAGAAUAUACGGUCUCAAAGGAUUUGGCACUCGACCACUCGAGGGAGCCAAACCUUUAGUUAGUGAACCAAAUAUGUCUGCCAAAAUCCAGCAAGGUUUUGAAGGUUUUAAAUUGAGAAGCUGGCAACCAGAAAGCAGCAGGAUUCACAGGUGGUACAAUAAAACAGAGUCAAGUAGCAGCAAUGUAAAUGAACUAAGCAGCGAAGACCUUCAACCCCUUUUAAAAACCGCAGGAAGUACUGAAGCAGCCACCGGAUUUACAUCUGACGAACAUAAAAAGAACCGCAAAAUCUAUACUCUACUGGGCUUUCAACCUGUUCAGAAGAGAAGUGGAAAUGCUACUAACGAAACACAGUGGAUGUACAAAGAACAAAAUCCAAGUAAAACAUCUGCAAGUCACACAAUCUCCUCGGCUUAUCUCAGAUCAGCAGGCAACCUCAAAGUUGAACCAAGACCACCCAACAAAACCAAACCUGUUGAACAGAAGGCGAGCUUGUUUGGUCUUUCCACCAGCAGCAUGGUGAGAGGCAAAUGUGUGAAAGGAAAACACACCAAUGGAGAACGGUUUAAUGAAUCAACCUCCUUGACCAAUUAUACUAAAAACGUAGCCAUUGUCAGGCUGCCCAAGAGGCCCGCCAGAGUCAAAGCUGUCACCUACGCCGAUAUUCUUGGAAGUGCUUCGUUCACGGGUGUCAGAGUUACAACCCAGACACCAAUCACACAGACUGAUAAGGAUUAUUUUCCAAACGCUACAGCUGCAACCGAGCAAGAAGACAGGGCGGGUUAUUGGACCCUUGAGAACGCUGUGCAGAGCAGAUACAACAUGAGCAAAAGUCCCGAAGAUGAGGGAGAAGAUUUCAGCAGUGUUAAAGGAGUUGACUUGAAAACAUCAGAUUUAUUCCUGGACAGUGAAGGAAGUGGAAGUGGGGGGUUUAAUGUGCCAGAUGUUUUCUCAGCUGAUACAACAAAAAGUCAGGGAGGUAGUGAUGAUUUGUUAGAGCUAGAUUAUCUACGGAUAUCAACAGGGAAUAUGUCGUUCAAGUCAAUGAAACUGGCCCAUGCUGACAAAUGAAACUUGUGAUAUGGUUGGAACAAGUGCAAUAAAAGCAUAACAACAGCUAAGUGACUGAAUUAAUGGAUGUUUUUUUACGAAUCUCACCCGUUGCUGUGAAAAGAACACUUAGUCUUGGUUGUAAUCGGUUCACAGGAGUAGUUUCACAUUUUGGGAUCAGUAAGUAGCAUCUCGUAGCCAAGAAAAGGCCAGGAAAACAUGUUUUAUCUUCUGUUUUUGUACGAAUUAAAUUAAUCAGAUUUAGAGCUGCUGGUACGCAGAUUUGUUGACUUUGGAGAGAGCCAUAUAACUGACUGGUAAAAGAUUUUUUUUUUUUUACUGUUCUGCUUAGUUUAAAAAGUGAAUGAGAUAU